AAAUGCGGCGGCGGCGGCGGCGGCGGCGGGGAUGGUCGGGGCGCCCCGCGCUUCCGCUGCAGCGCGGAGGAGCUGGACUAUUACCUGUACGGCCAGCAGCGCAUGGAGAUCAUCCCGCUCAACCAGCACACCAGCGACCCCAACAACCGUUUGGGGAAAGGUACUGGGGAGAAAAGAAUUCUGGGGUUUGAUUGGUUGAGGGGUCAGGGGACGAGAUAUAAGGAGAGUGAGUAUUAUCUGACCUUCCCUAAUCCCGUCCCACCCAGUUUGAAAACGCAGGUCCUGUUUGGGAAGCUCCCGAGCCCGCUAACCCACCAGUGGGAUCUUCCUGUCACCGAGGCACACUCGAUACGCUACGCCCGCCCAGCGUCCCCGCUAUCCGCUCCCGGGAGCCUGGAAGACCCCUUUCUGGUGGAAGAAGAGGGCCGGGAGGCUGGUGGGGGCUCCAGAGUGCAGCCAAUGGCUAAGGCGCGUGGAGGGCCAAGGGAAGAGCGCGGGCUGGAGUGGGGGAGGGCCCUGGUGCGGGAGGUCCCGGCCACCGCUCUCCGCCUGCCCUCGGCGCGUCGGCCAGUCCCCUCGGCGACCCCGAAGCCCGAUGCCCAUGCCCCCGCGCACGCGGCGCUGCCAGCAGGCGGCAAUCCAGGGGCCGCGUCGCCGUCACCGGGCAGGGAUCGAUGGGCGCCGGCCCCUCCGGGUUCGGCCUGCGGGACAGAGGGCCGCGACCUCGGUGGCAGUCACAGAGGAUUUAUAGCCCAGCGGUCACCGCCGCCCAGGCGGGGAGCCAGGCUUUUCAGCUGUUCCUCGGUUCUCUUUCUGAGGGACGCGGGCGCCGCGGCUCCCCAGGGACUCUGGGCCAAGGAGGCCUGUCUCUCCGGCGGGCGCCGAGGCCGCCUCUCAGAGGCAGGUCCGCAGGGCCAGGGCGCAGACACGGCGGCUCCGCCAGGCCCAUUAAUAACCCGGAGGGCGCUGCGAUCCGACAGCGUGGUCGCCGCAGGCCUGGGGGGCUUCUGGGAAGAGUCUGCACGCAAGCACAGGGCACCCCAAACCGGCCAGAACAGCUCCCCUUUCCCCACCCGUCCCACCUGGCUGGAGCGGGCGCUCGAGGGACCCCAGCACCAGUGUGCCCUGGGCAGCCGGGGUCUAGGACUGGGGCCCUGUGGGGCUAAAGCCGGCCCCGCCCACUCGCCUGGGGCCAAAGCCGGCUCCGCCCACACUCGUGGGGCCAAAGCCGGCUCCAACCUCUCGCGUGAUUUUAGGAAUGAAGAUGGCGUCCGGGGCUGGAAGGGUCGCCCACCUGCUGUGGUGAUUCCAGAGCUGCCCGAGUGGCUGCGGGACCUGCCGCGGGAGGUGUGCCUGUGCACCAGCACCGUGCCUGGCCUGGCCUACGGCAUCUGCGCCGCGCAGAGGAUCCAGCAGGGCACCUGGAUUGGCCCCUUCCAGGGCGUACUGCUGCCCCCGGAGAAGGUGCAAGCCGGCGCCGUGAGGAACACGCAGCAUCUCUGGGAGAUAUAUGACCAAGAUGGGACACUACAGCACUUUAUUGAUGGUGGGGAACCUAGUAAGUCGAGCUGGAUGAGGUAUAUCCGAUGUGCCAGGCACUGCGGAGAACAGAAUCUAACAGUAGUUCAGUACAGGUCGAAUAUAUUCUACCGAGCCUGUAUAGAUAUUCCCAGGGGUACCGAGCUUCUGGUGUGGUACAAUGACAGCUAUACGUCUUUCUUUGGGAUCCCUUUACAAUGCAUUGCCCAGGAUGAAAACUUAAAUGUACCCUCGACAGUCAUGGAAGCCAUGUGCAGACAGGACGCCCUGCAGCCCUUCAGCAAGAACAGCAAACUCUCCCCUGCCACCCAGCAGCGCUCCGUUGUCUUCCCACAGACUCCAUGCAGCAGGAACUUCUCCCUCCUGGAUAAGUCCGGGCCCAUUGAAUCAGGAUUUAACCAAAUCAACGUGAAAAACCAGCGAGUCCUGGCGAGCCCGACUUCCACCAGCCAGCUCCACUCGGAGUUCAGUGACUGGCAUCUUUGGAAAUGUGGACAGUGCUUUAAGACUUUUACGCAGCGGAUCCUCUUACAGAUGCAUGUGUGCACGCAGAACCCCGACAGACCUUACCAGUGUGGCCACUGCUCCCAGUCCUUUUCCCAGCCUUCAGAACUGAGGAACCACGUGGUCACUCACUCCAGUGACCGGCCUUUCAAAUGCGGCUACUGUGGUCGUGCCUUUGCUGGGGCCACCACCCUCAACAACCACAUCCGAACCCACACUGGAGAGAAGCCCUUCAAGUGCGAGAGGUGUGAGAGGAGCUUCACGCAGGCCACCCAGCUGAGUCGACACCAGCGGAUGCCCAAUGAGUGCAAGCCAAUAACUGAGAGCCCAGAAUCAAUUGAAGUGGAUUAACUGAUUGACUGGUUGGAAUUAAACUGCAAGGAAAGUCAUGAUUAAAUGUCAUGGACACUUAAGCAAAACCAAAGAUUUCCUCUGAGCAACUUUCAAUCAGUCCCAGAAAACCAAAAGCAGUAAUAAAAUAAGUAAGAUGUUAAGAGAUAUUGAUCCUGGCGUGGGAUUCAGACCAGGAGAGAGAUUAUUUAUUUAUGACUAGGGAUGAAACUCAUUUCAGUGGACAACUAACCUGGGAUGCCUCACAUUUCAAGUCCCACCGUGUUUUUGCUUUGUUUCUAAAAAGCUUUUUUAAACUGUUAUUUAAUACCAAAGGGAGGAAUCGUAUGGGUUCUUCUGCCCACAGUCGUGACUGAGAAUGCACAGGGACUUGUUUCUCAUUGCACCUUUUUUAGUAGCAUGAUUCGCGGGGACCCAUUGUACAGCCCGUCUUCCUGCUGUCUCAGUUCGGCCUGGCCUGCCUCGGACUGCCCCAGUGGGGACCAAGGGAGCAGAAGCAGAAGCCUUCUCUGAGUCCGGGCCAUCUUCAGCCCCACGGGCUCUCCAUCUCUGUGUUUUCCACACUUCUUUCUCAUGCACUUUUCUCAUGGCUCCUUCCAUCUAUCAGCCUGGUCUUGAUGCAGAAGAGCCUGGAAGAGGAAGAAGAUGGUUUCAAAAUUCAAGGGAAAAAAAAAGGAGGGACUCACUGUGUCCUGGCGGGAUUUCAAAAACAUUUCAAAUGUAUGGAGCUUCAUAAUACAGUAUCUUGUUCCGAAGCAGCUAGUUGAGAAAAUUUUGUUAUCAAUAACAUUUUAGCUUAAAAAAAAACCCACAAAAAUAAAGUUCUUAAGUACGAGGCUGAAUAUAAGGUAUUAGGUUUCCAGUAAUUUUUGUUGUGUCUGUGAAAGUGUUAAAUAUGUCAGCAAAAAUAGUGCCAAGCCCCCCGGUCCAGAUCCUUCUAGGCAGGUGCAUCUUCCUCAUACCUCCAGGUGAAGCCUGGGAGGCCCUCCUGAGUGCAGAGGAGCAUUUCGGCAAAAAUAGGUGGAAAGAGCCCAAACAAGGAAACCUGGAGAGGAGGAGCCACGGCGAGGGUGGUGGUUAGAACAGACUGCCCCCGGAACAGCUCAUUUUAUCAAGAAGAGUUACCUUCUCAUCUCCUUUGGCCCUUGAUAAAUAUUCUUCUCUCAACGUUGACCCACGAAAGAGAAAGGAGUGUGUAAACGAUUUCUCGGAUCUUUGUUUGAGGGCUAGGAAAGUGAGCAUUACCUCCGCUAGCCUUUGGGAAGUCCAUCAGCAGCACCCUGUCAGAUUGGUCCCCUUCCACGCAAUGAUGCAACAUCAGGAAGAACUGAUGGCUCUCGCAUUUUUGGCUGUUAGCUCCCAGCAGCGUCGCGGAGAUCAAGUCUAGCUUAAAACUGAACAGUUUAGAUGCUGAACAGAAGCUGUCUCUGUUUGUAGAUUUCUUGAUCACCUGAUAGCAGGACACAGCCUUUAAGGAGCCCUCCCAUCAUCUUCCCUUAACAAAAAUAGGAGACCUGUAACUGAACUGGCCGCUGAAAGGCGAGGAUGCUCGUGGUUUGGUUUAAUCUGUCAUUGUGUAUUUGAUUCUCAGAAAAUUUCUCUCCCGUUUUCAUUUCUUGUCCCCAUCCCUUAGCCCCCAGCUGUCACAUUUAAAAUGGAGUAAAACCGGGCCUCACUAA